UCCCCGUCUAUCUAUCUAUCUCUCCCCCUUUAUAUAUUUUCCGUUUCUGUAACUUCUUCAUCUCACCACCUCCUAAUUCUUCUACAUUUCCGAAUUUCAAGAUUGAUAGAGAGAUGUGCCUUUGCUGUGGGACGAAGGUAUGCAUGAUAUGCACUUGCCUGAUAUUGAUUGUGUUAGCGAUAGGAUUCUUGUUCGGAUUCGGAGUCUUCACAGAUGGAUUUCACAAGUUAAAGCAAUCUCUGCACUACUGCCAUCCAACUAUUAACGGUACCUUGGCCGCUUCAUUUGGAACUGCAACCGGACGACCUUUCGUAAGCCUCUCCGCCCCCUCUCCUCUCUAGGUCUACUCUAUCUCUCACACACAAUUUCUCAAUGUAAAAUCCGAAACUCUUUUCCUUAAUUGAAAAGGAGAUCGAAUGCCAAUGCAAACUCUUCUUCUGCAAACUCUUCUUCUUUAUUUAGGUUUGUGUAAUUUGCAGACUUCGUUUGUCAUGAUAAAAUUGUUGAUUUUAAGAAUUUGUUGUGUAUUCUUCCAUUUGAUUUAUUUGAAUAACUGUU